CUUCUGUUUUCUUCUUGCACCACCACACUCCUCAACCAAUCAUCAGUAACGUACUUCUUUUAUUCGUGAUCUGUGUGUGAUAACGAGUGCAUCGUGCAGUUAAAAAUGUUCCCAAAAAGCCCCGAAAACUAUAUAAUUCGUGAAAAAUACCAAAAAAUCUACUUAUUAAGCCCCGGGUCGUUAACACCUCCUCCUGGAAGUGAAGUAUUUGUCGGCAAUAUACCAAGUGUGAUAUCAGACGAUGAGCUCAUCUUCAUCUUCUCCGAAGCGGGUCGCGUUUACAGAUUCCAGCGAAUGAUAGACGACAAUGGCAAUAACAAACCAUUUGCAUUUAUCAGUUAUCACAACGAUGAAGACGCGAACAAAGCUGUUUUGUUCUUCCACAAAUUUUCAAUACGAAAGCACAGGAAAUUAAAUGUUCACCUGUCGGUGAAUAACUGCCGACUGUACUUUGGAAACAUUCCGAGAGAAAUGACCAAGGAAGACGUCAUGCUUAACCUGUUAAAUUUUAUCGAAAAAAUUGUUAAAGUCCUAGUCCUACCAUCAAGAUGUAAUACGGCAUUGAAUCGUGGUUAUGCUUUUGUGGACUUUGUAUCGCAUACAUUGGCUGCCUUCGCCAAAAGGCAACUAGAAUUGGGGCUUUUCUGGGGUGGGAGGCACAUUACAGUGGAGUGGGCUUACCGUGAGCCUUUGGUGCCCCCUUUCAUUUUUCUACAAAUAAAAUGCCUCAUUUUCAAGAAUAUCCCCAUCGAUUGUUCGCGGUGCGUUUUCAGGAAAUUUCUCAGCCUGUUUGUCCACAUCACCACCGUCCGAAGGAUUUACAAAAAAGAUAGUCAUGCUUUCGUCCACUUCCAAUCAUGGGAAGCGGCCGAAAUAGCUAUCAAAACAUUACGCUCACAUAUUUUGAGGAUUUACGAUAGGGAAAUUAGAGUGGAAUGGGCCAGACCGCCAAACUACCGUCGCAAAAAAACAAUUCCGGAUCAUUUUUCCAAGUUUGUAUGUCCGCAAGUUCAAAAUUGCCAGGAGGAGCAAAAGAAAGAACGGAAAGGAGAAGCCGUUCGUUUCAAGUGCCGCAAACGAGGCGAUUUGAGACCAAUCAGUUAAAAGUGCCAAUUUUCUCUGAAAUAAUUGGCUGCACCUUCACCCAGUUUUAAGAGAUUCGAAUCAUUUUGUUCAUUUAUCCAUAAUUUUUAAGUUUUGCAUGUUUUUUCGAUUUUUUAAUUAAAAUCACUUAUGUUUGUUUUACUUUUCCUACGAAUAAAAUCAGUUAU